AUGGCGUACGCCACUAUGGCGUAUAUUUGGUGCAAAAAACCUGAAGAGUCUGGGGGGCUCACUUUUACUGAUCCUUUUGGAAACGUGGAACCCGUCAUACUGAGCAACAUACUCCCAAAUUACGGACAACCCAGAGGACCAGAGACAACCCCCCGUUAUGAAGAUGAUGAAGGCAGGCAGAAUCUCUCAGAGGAGGCAUGGUGGUUUCUAACAGGAUCAUUAUCCACCACCAUCAUCCCGUCCUUCUACACACUGGUCUGCCUCCUCAGUGUGCCCAUCAACAUCUGUGCACUGCUGGUCUUCAUAAAAAGAAUAGAGCCUAAGAAGCCAGCAGUGAUCUACAUGAUGAACCUGGCCUGUGCUGACCUGCUCUUCUCCAUGGUGCUGCCCUUCAAGAUCUCCUACCACUUCAUGGGAAAUGACUGGAUAUUCAGUCGUGCCAUGUGCCGUAUAGUCACCGCAGCCUUUUACUGGAACAUGUACUGCUCCAUUCUGCUCAUCUCCCUCAUCAGCGUGGACCGGCUCCUCGCUCUGGUCUAUCCUAUCCAGUCUUUGUCAUGGAGAAGUCCUGCAAAGGCAGUCAUUGCCUGUGCAGUCAUGUGGAUCCUCUCCUUUGUUGGCUCAGUGCACCUCCUCUUCACUGAGCAGACUUUCAACCUCACAGCACUGAACAUCACCACCUGCCAUGACAUCCAACUCUCACAGCCUUUCUUGUGGUACAAGAUGUACUACAUCACCCUCUGCUUCCUCCUCUUCUUCCUGCCUCUCAUCAUCACCAUGGUGUCCUACACUCGGGUGAUUUUGACUCUGAGUAAAGUCCAACCAGAGCUUCCAGACCACUCACAGAAGAAAAGAAGAGCAAUGUUCUUGACUGCAACAGUACUGGUGAUGUUUGUGCUGUGUUUCUUACCCAGUAACAUCAUCUUCAUCGUGCAUCAGCUGAUGUAUUCUGAAGAAAUAGAAGACCAGGAGAAAGAGAUGAAUCCUGACAGGCUCUAUGUAAUCUAUUUAUUCUGUCUGUGUUUAGGAAGUCUCAACUGCAUCCUUGAUCCUCUGGUCUACUACUUUGGAUCAUCCCAGUUCCAGAAAGAGCUAUCCAGUAUGAUGGGGUGCCAAAAGACCAAGCAGAGCACCAAUGGUGGUCAGUCACCAUCUGUCUACUACCUUUGA